GCACAGUCCACUGCAUUUUCUUCGAGAAAACCACACCAUGGCCAUGAUACCCACCACCUACAACGAAAAGGAUAACGUGUGGAGCGGAGCCAAGCGCAACUCCAUGUACAACUAUGACACCUCCGUGGGCAAGAUCAUCUUCAACAACAUGAAGAACUGGCCCAAGAACGUGUGCCAGAUUUGUGACGUUGAUGGCGUUACUGUCACCUUCGAGCAGGGUCUCACCUGGGCCAUCCGGAUUGCGCAGUAUCUUAAGAAGAGGGGUCUUAACCACAAGGAUGUCAUUGGAAUCGCAGCCAAAAACUCAACCUAUGUGAUGCCCCUUGGAGUGGCCUGUUUGAUGAAUGGCACUCCAUUCCAUUCGGUUAAUCCGGUGCUAGAUGAUGCUACCUUGUUGCAUGUGUUUUCUAUCACGAAGCCCACGCUGAUAUUUUGUGAUGGACACGAGUACGACAAAGUUCACAAGGCUACGGUAGGAUGGCAUCCGGAAAUCUUUACCCUCACGGAUCAUGUUGAAGGAGUCCAGGCCAUCGAGACCUUGCUGGAUCCCACCACCACAGAAAAGUUCUAUCAACCGGAAGUGUUGAAGGAAGGAGGUGAUCAAACCGUAGCCAUUCUCUGCUCCUCUGGAACCACUGGAUUGCCCAAGGCAGUCUGCAUUUCCAACAGCAUUCUGAUCCAGGACAGCAUGUUGGUCACCAGUCAGUCGGUUAUCUAUGUAGGAAGCUGCCUGGACUGGAUCACGGGUUUGUGGGCUUUUGUGUUCAGCACCGUAUUCGGUUGCACCCGCAUUAUCAGCAACAAAGCCUUCACUCCGGAGUACUUUGUGGGCCUGGUGAAGAAGUACAAGAUCAACUAUGCCGUGCUGCCGCCGCGUCACCUAUCCGCUCUGAUCACCUGUCCGGAUGCGAAGUCGGAUGCUCUGGCCUCCAUCACGCACCUCAACUACGGCGGAGGUUCGAUAUCGUUGGCCACUUUGCAGCGAUCGCAGGAACUCUGCAAGACAGCCAUGUUCAACUCGGGAUACGGGAUGACAGAAGUGGGCGCCAUCACGAUCAAUAUCGGAAUCAGCAACGUCUCCUCGGCGGGCAGACCUGUGCCGGGCAUUAAGAUUCGCAUCGUGGACGAGGAUAGCAAGAGCUUGGGCUACAACCAGGUGGGAGAGAUCUAUGUGCACACGGGUCAGGCUUGGAACGGCUACUACGGCAAUCCAGUGGAGACGCGCCGCAUGCAGGACUUCGAGGGUUGGUUCCACACCGGCGAUCUGGGCUACUUCGACGAGCAGAACUUCCUGUACAUAGUCGAUCGCAAGAAGGAGAUCCUCAAGUACAAUGGCCUGCACUACUGGCCCACGGAGAUCGAGAGCGUUAUCGCGGAGCUGUCCCAGGUGCAGGAUGUGUGCGUAGUGGGUGUCUACGACGAGCGGGAGGGUGAUGCGGCCGGGGCACUGGUGGUCAAAAGCAGGGGAGCCACCAUUUCGGCCAAGGAGAUCGCGGAUCACGUGGCCAAGCGAUUGCCCGCCACGCAGAAGCAGCUCAGAGCAGGAGUCCAGUUCACCGACAAACUGCCCGCCAAUGUCAAUGGCAAGACCAUGCGAAAGACGGCACGCGACGUGUUUGUCGCCCUGCGCGUAUCUGGAAAGUGAGAUACAAGUAAUACAAGUGAUCCACGCGAUCGAGUAUAGUUUUAAUCACAAGUGCUGGGAGAUACUUGGGACACUUAAGAACAGAAACGACUCAAGCACCCUGGCUGAGAAGGGCUCUCGACAAAGAGGUGACCUUUGGAACCCAAUAAAUUGUAUAGUACCUGCGAAGGGUUAUAAUCCACA